UUUUUUACGAAUUGCGAAAGAACCGUCCCGGGGAGCCGUGGUUUUGUUUGUUUGGUAAAACUCACGUGAAUCUUCAACAUGAGCAGCCCCGCUAAAUUACAGGACCUUCCACCGAAGGGAGGCUACCAGAACAUCCCAUUCCAGCGGGUCCCUGCGAAGACCUACUUCAAAGGAUGGCAAAUGAUCGCUGGCUAUGCCGGUAUUUCGACCGCUGGUUUGUUCCUGUACUGGCUGAACGUGAAGGAAAACCAUCGAAAUGACAUCGAGAUGCGAUCCGCAAAGAACGUCAUCUAUCCAUUGCUGCUAGCGGAAAGAGAUCGCGAAUACAUGAAGCAGCUACGACGAAACCGUGAUGAAGAGGCUGAAUUGAUGAAAAACGUGGAAGGAUGGGAGGUUGGUACCUGGUACGGUGAGCCGGUGUUCAAGACGAUUCCGAAGGAUAAGCUGGUCGAACCGACUUUCCAAGAGUUUUAUGUGCACACUGAUUACAAACAUAUGGCGAAGCGUUCCGAUAUUAAAUUGAUGAACUAAGGAACUCUAUGAUGCCAGAAGUGGGUCGAAAUUGUAGAGGAAUGUGUUAUUACAAAUAAAAUCAAUUCG